UGGGCGAGGACGGCCAUGGGUCCUGGCGAGGGCGCUGCGGCCGCGGCGGCGGCCCCUCCCGGGCGCGAGCAGUUGCUGCUGCUGUCGGGCGCGGCGCUGGCGGAGCGCUACCGGCGGAUCUACACCGCGGCGGCGCUGAGCGAGCGCGAGCAGGCCGCGCACCUGGCCGGCAGGUGUAAAAAACUUUUGGGUAAGAAGAAGCUAAAACGGAAGCAGAAAAGUAAAUUGAAAAUGAGAGCACGGAACAAGAGCGAAAGCCUGGAGAGCAUGGUAUCCCUGCCAGACAUCAAGCUUCACAGCAACCCCUCGGCUUUCAACGUGUACUGCAACGUGCGGCACUGCGUCUUGGAGUGGCAGAAAAGGGAAGCCUCCGUGGCUUUGGCGUCCAAAAACGCUGCGCAGAGUGGUGACUCGGACAGUGACGAGGAAGAAGAAGUGAGGGAGCCUCCCAUUAAGCUCCCAAAGAUAAUAGAAGUUGGAUUGUGUGAAGUGUUCGAACUGAUCAAGGAGACAAGGUUUUCUCACCCGUCUCUCUGUCUGAGGAGCUUGCAGGCCCUUCUCAACGUGCUUCAGGGCCAGCAACCAGAAGGCCUCCAGUCAGAACCUCCUGAAGUUCUAGAGUCUCUGUUCCAGCUCCUGCUAGAAAUCACUGUUCGGAGCACUGGGAUGAAUGACAGCCCUGGCCAGUCGCUGACCGCCCUUUCCUGUGCUUGCCUCUUCAGUCUUGUGGCUGCCUGGGGAGAAACCGGACGGACGCUUCAGGCAAUCUCUGCUAUCCUUACCAACAAUGGGAGUCACGCUUGUCAGACCAUACAGGUACCAGCUAUCUUAAAUUCCCUUCAGAGGAGUGUACAGGCGGUUUUAGUAGGCAAAAUACAAAUCCAGGAUUGGUUCAGCAGUGGAAUUAAGAGAGCAGCCCUAAUGCACAAAUGGUCAUUGAAGGACGUUUCGGUAGAUGAAGACGACCCAACUCUGCUUCAGAGUGAUGGCUACUUCUUGUAUCUGUUAUGCAAAGAUGGACUAUACAAAAUUGGCUCUGGAUACAGUGGAACAGUCCGGGGCCAUAUAUACAAUUCCACAUCUCGCAUCAAAAACAGAAAAGAGAAGAAAUCAUGGUUGGGUUAUGCUCAGGGCUCUUUACUAUACCGGGAUGUGAACAAUCACAGCAGGACAGCCAUAAGGAUAAAUCCUGAGUCCUUGGAGCAAGAUGGAAUAGUGGCACUGCCAGACUGUCAGAUGGAAGGGCAGAACAUCCUUUUCACUGAUGGAGAGUAUGUUAAUCAGAUAGCAGCUUCUAGAGAUGAUGGCUUUGUAGUUCGAAUAUUUGCAACAAGUACGGAACCUGCGUUACAGCAAGAACUUCAGCUAAAACUUGCCAGAAAAUGCUUGCAUGCAUGUGGCAUCUCAUUGUUUGAUCUGGAAAAAGAUUUGCACAUUAUUAGUACAGGGUUUGACGAAGAGUCAGCUGUUCUUGGUGCAGGAAGAGAAUUUGCACUAAUGAAAACAGCUGGUGGCAAGAUUUAUUACACUGGCAAAUAUCAGAGUCUUGGAAUCAAGCAAGGUGGUCCUUCAGCAGGGAAAUGGGUAGAGUUGCCUAUUACCAAAUCUCCAAAGAUCGUUCAGUUCUCCGUUGGGCACGAUGGCUCCCAUGCCUUACUUGUAGCAGAAGACGGAAGCAUAUUUUUCACAGGCUCGGCUAGUAAAGGGGAAGACGGAGAAUCAACCAAAAGCAGGCGGCAAUCUAAACCGUAUAAGCCAAAAAAAAUCAUCAAAAUGGAAGGAAAGAUUGUAGUGUAUUCUGCGUGCAAUAAUGGAAGUAGUUCAGUCAUUUCAAAAGAUGGAGAACUGUACAUGUUUGGGAAAGAUGCUAUUUACUCUGAUAGUACAAGCUUGAUAACAGACUUGAAAGGCCACUUUGCAACACAAGUAGCCAUGGGCAAAGCUCACACUUGCGUGCUAAUGAAGAACGGAGAGGUUUGGACCUUCGGGGUGAACAACAAAGGGCAGUGUGGACGAGACACCGGGUCCAUGAGCCAUGGGGGGAAAGGUUUUGGAGUUGAGAACAUGGCCACAGCCAUGGAUGAGGACUUAGAAGAGGAGCUGGAUGAAAAAGACGAGAAGUCCAUGAUGUGCCUGCCAGGGAUGCACAAGUGGAAGCUGGAGCAGUGCAUGGUGUGCACUGUUUGCGGGGACUGCACGGGCUAUGGAGCCAGUUGUGUGAGCAGCGGGCGACCCGACAGGGUGCCGGGAGGGAUCUGUGGCUGUGGCUCUGGGGAGUCUGGCUGUGCUGUAUGUGGCUGUUGCAAAGCCUGCGCCAGAGAGCUGGACGGGCAGGAAGCCCGGCAGCGGGGCAUCCUGGAUGCAGUCAAAGAGAUGAUCCCUCUGGACCUCCUGCUGGCAGUCCCUGUGCCUGGAGUUAACCUCGAAGAGCAUCUCCAGUUAAGGCAAGAAGAAAAGAGGCAGCGCGUGAACAGAAGGCAUCGGCUGGAGGAAGGACGAGAUGGAAGCGGAGAUAGGAGUGAAAAAGAUCCCAGCAAAAUAACCACUUACCCUCCGGGGGCUGUCCACUUUGACUGUGAGCUCCGAGCUAUACAAGUUAGUUGUGGAUUUCAUCACUCAGUUGUUCUAAUGGAGAAUGGUGAUGUUUACACAUUUGGAUAUGGGCAGCAUGGGCAGCUUGGGCAUGGAGAUGUUAAUUCUAGGGGAUGUCCGACUCUCGUGCAAGCGCUACCAGGACCCAGCACCCAGGUCACCGCAGGCAGCAACCACACAGCUGUUCUGUUGAUGGAUGGGCAAGUCUUCACAUUUGGAAGUUUCUCUAAAGGGCAGCUGGGCAGACCCAUUCUGGAUAUUCCGUACUGGAACGCAAAGCCAGCAGCAGUGCCUAAUGUUGGCUCUAAGUACGGACGCAAGGCGACUUGGGUGGGAGCCGGCGGGGAUCAGACUUUUCUUCGGAUCGAUGAAGCGCUUAUCAACCCUCAUGUGCUCGCAACAUCAGAGAUUUUUGCCAGCCGGCAUAUCAUAGGCUUGAUACCUGCAUCCAUAUCGGAGCCCCCUCCAUUUAAGUGUCUUUUGAUAAAUAAAGUUGAUGGGAGUUGUAAAACAUUUAAUGAUUCUGAACAGGAGGACCUUCAGGGGUUUGGCGUGUGUCUAGAUCCUGUUUAUGAUGUUCUUUGGCGGUUUCGACCAAAUACAAGAGAAUUGUGGAGUUACAACUCAGUUGUGGCUGAUUCCAGACUUCCCUCUGCUCCGGACACACAAUCACGCUGCAGCAUCCUCAGUCCAGAACUGGCUCUUCCAACAGGGUCCAAAGCGCUUACCACAAGAUCACACGCCGCUUUGCACAUGCUCGGUUGUCUUGACACAUUGGCUGCCAUGCAGGACUUAAAAAUGGGUGUGAUGAAUACAGAAGAGGAGAGUCACGCUGUGAUGAAAGUCUAUUCCAAGGAAGACUAUAGUAUUGUCAACAGAUUUGAAAGCCAUGGAGGAGGGUGGGGUUACUCAGCCCACUCUGUGGAAGCCAUUCGCUUUUGUGUGGACACUGACCUCUUGCUUGGUGGCCUUGGCCUCUUUGGGGGCAGAGGAGAGUACACAGCUAAAAUAAAGCUGUUUGAACUGGGGCCAGAUGGAGGUGACCAUGAGACUGAUGGGGACCUUCUUGCUGAAACGGAUGUCCUGGCAUAUGAUUGUGCUGCAAGGGAAAAGUAUGCCAUGAUGUUUGAUGAGCCUGUUCUUCUGCAAGCCAGUUGGUGGUACGUGGCCUGGGCACGGGUUUCUGGCCCGAGCAGCGACUGUGGCUCCCAUGGACAAGCCUCUAUUACCACAGAUGACGGGAUGGUCUUCCAGUUUAAAAGUUCAAAGAAAUCAAAUAACGGCACAGACGUUAAUGCGGGUCAGAUCCCUCAGCUGUUAUACAGGCUGCCCACAAGUGACGGGAGCACAUCUAAAGGCAAACAGCAAACCAGCGAGCCAGUGCACAUUUUAAAGCGGUCUUUUGCAAGAACCGUUUCCGUGGAGUGCUUUGAGUCGCUGCUGAGCAUUCUUCACUGGAGCUGGACAACCUUGGUUUUAGGAGUAGAGGAACUUCGAGGACUGAAGGGGUUCCAGUACACGGCCACUCUUCUGGACUUAGAAAGGCUGCGAUUCGUCGGCACAUGCUGCUUGAGGUUAUUGCGUGUCUACACCUGUGAAAUUUACCCUGUUUCAGCCACUGCUAAAGCUGUUGUUGAAGAAAGUAGCAGGCUCGCAGACUGCAUUGGAAAGACGAGAACCCUGCUGAGGAAAAUUUUGUCAGAAGGAGUUGAUCACUGCAUGAUAAAGCUGGACAACGACCCUCAAGGCUACCUCACUCAGCCCCUGAGCCUUCUGGAAGCAGCCCUUCAGGAAUGCCACAACACCUUCACGGCCUGCUUUCACUCUUUCUAUCCCACCCCAGCCUUGCAGUGGGCUUGCCUCUGUGAUUUACUCAACUGCUUGGAUCAGGACAUCCAGGAAGCCAAUUUCAAGACUUCAAGCAGCAGGCUCCUGGCAGCUGUGAUGUCAGCUCUGUGCCAUACAUCUGUGAAGCUCACCUCUAUCUUCCCCAUUGCUUACGAUGGAGAAUCCUUGCUGUGUUCAGGACUAAAGCAAGCCAGCACCGAGAAUGACUCUGCACUGGCCCACCGUUUCCCUCUUCUGGUGGCACACAUGGAAAAACUGAGCCAGAGUGAAGAAAAUAUCUCUGGGAUGACAAGUUUCCGUGAGGUCCUUGAGAAGAUGCUGGUGAUUGUAGUGUUACCCGUCAGAAAUAGCCUUAGGCGUGAAAACGAGCUGUUCUCCGCCCAUCUGGUUUCUAAUACUUGUGGAUUGCUUGCAAGCAUUGUGAGUGAGCUCACAGCUUCUGCUCUAGGGUCUGAGACGGACGGACUCGGCUCACUGCAUUCUGUCAAGUCAAGCCCAAACCGAUUUACAAAGACAAGCCAGGGAAGGAGCUGGAACACUGGGAACGGGUCCCCUGACGCCAUCUGUUUCUCCGUGGACAAGCCAGGAGUCAUUGUGGUCGGGUUCUCGGUUUAUGGAGGAGGCGGGAUCCACGAGUAUGAACUAGAAGUACUGGUGGAUGAUAGUGAUCAUACAGGAGAUUCGACUCAUUCUCAUAGAUGGACAUCUCUAGAAUUAGUUAAAGGAACAUAUACCACAGAUGAUUCCCCAAGUGAGAUUGCAGAAAUUAAACUUGACAAAGUCGUUCCUCUGAAGGAAAAUGUGAAAUACGCUGUCCGUUUGAGGAACUACGGGAGUCGCACAGCCAACGGAGAUGGAGGCAUGACUACUGUCCAGUGUCCAGAUGGCGUGGCCUUUACUUUCAGUACUUGUAGUUUGAGCAGCAACGGCACAAAUCAGACCCGGGGCCAGAUUCCUCAGAUUCUUUAUUAUAGAAGUGAGUAUGAUGGAGAUUUGCAAUCACAGCUCUUAAAUAAAGCCAACGAAGAAGAUAAGAAUUGUAGCAGAGCGCUUUCUGUUGUGAGUGCAGUGGUUCGAGCGGCUAAAGAUCUCUUGCACAGGGCUCUCGCCGUAGACGCUGAGGACAUCCCUGAGCUGCUCAGUUCUUCCAGCCUCUUUUCUAUGCUCCUUCCUCUAAUGAUAGCCCACAUAGAACCCGUUGCAGCAGCUAUUCCCAAGGUUGCCGUUGAGGUCUUUGGCCUGGUUCAGCAGCUGCUUCCACCCGUCGCUGUUCUGAAUCAGAGGUACACCCCUCCGUCCUUCAACCCUAAUCAGUCCACGGACAGCGCCACUGGGAACCAGCCCGAGCAAGGCCUUUCUGCAUGCACUACCUCUAACCACUAUGCUGUUGUCGAGAGCGAACACCCGUACAAGCCAGCGUGUGUCACCCACUACAAGGUGUCCUUUCCGGAAUGCGUCCGGUGGAUCACGGUAGAGUUUGAUGGCCAGUGUGGGACCGCCCAGUCGGAGGACGUCCUGCGUCUGCUCAUCCCUGCCCGGGUUGUCCAGAGUUCGGGGUUUGCACCCAAGCAGGCAUCCGUCCAUGAAAACCUUAACUCAUGGAUAGAACUGAAGAGGUUCUCUGGCUCGGCGGGUUGGCCCACGAUGGUGCUAGUGCUACCGGGUAACGAAGCUCUCUUUUCACUGGAAACUGCCUCAGACUACGUAAAAGAUGAAAAGGCUACUUUUUAUGGUUUCAAGUGUUUUGCAAUAGGCUAUGAAUUUAGUCCUGGACCUGAUGAAGGCAUCAUUCAGCUCGAGAAAGAGCUGGCCAAUCUAGGAGGUGCGUGCGCAGCGGCUCUGAUGAAGAAAGACCUGGCCCUUCCCGUUGGCAAUGAAUUGGAGGAAGAUCUUGAGAUGCUGGAGGAGGCGGCUCUGCAGGUUUGUAAAUCUCACUCAGGCAUCCUGGGAAAAGGGCUCGCCUUGUCUCAUUCACCAACUAUCUUGGAGGCACUUGAAGGAAAUCUCCCAUUGCAAGUUCAAAGCAAUGAACAGUCAUUUCUGGAGGAUUUCAUCUCCUGCGUGCCAGGGUCAAGUGGUGGGCGACUUGCGAGGUGGCUUCAACCAGACUCCUAUGCGGAUCCCCAGAAAACAUCUUUGAUCCUAAAUAAAGAUGACAUUCGCUGCGGCUGGCCAACAAUUGUCACUGUGCACACCAAGGACCAAUAUGGCGAAGUGGUUCACGUGCCUCACAUGAAGGUGGAAGUCAAAGCAAUACCGGUGUCCCAGAAAAAGAUGUCUCUGCAGCAAGAGCAGGCUAAGAAAAUGCAGCGCCCCCCAGGCAGUCCCGCCGGGGCUGCUGCUUCUGGCCCUGAGCUGACCUUCGGGGGACUCCCUUCCCCCAAGCUGGAAGCGUCCUACGAGCCUAUGAUCCUGAAAGAAGCCCGCUACGUUUCCAUAACUAUGAUGAAGGUAUAUGAAAAUUAUUCUUUUGAGGAGUUACGUUUUGCUUCACCAACACCUAAGAGACCAAGUGAAAACAUGUUAAUACGAGUCAACAAUGAUGGUACUUACUGUGCUAACUGGACACCGGGAGCAGUUGGUCUGUACACCAUUCAUGUUACGAUUGAUGGCAUUGAAAUAGAUGCUGGACUAGAAGUUAAAGUCAAAGAUCCCCCAAAGGGAAUGAUACCACCAGGAACCCAGUUGAUAAAACCAAAAGCUGAGCCUUUGCCAAACAAGGUUCGCAAAUUUGUGGCCAAGGACAGUGCCGGCUUGCGAAUCCGUAGCCACCCAUCCCUUCAGAGCGAACAGAUUGGCUUAGUAAAAGUCAAUGGAUCAAUUACUUUUAUUGAUGAGAUCCACAAUGACGACGGAGUGUGGUUGCGACUGAAUGAGGAGACGAUACGGAAAUACGUUCCAAAUCUGAAUGGCUAUACUGAAGCCUGGUGCCUUUCUUUCAAUCAGCACCUGAGCAAGAGUCUGCUGGUCCCCAUUGAUAGUAUCUUUAAUACUAGCCAAGGAGACAGGGAUUUGGACUUAUAUCCAUGGACUUCUAAACCUUUCCCCCUUCAGGAGUCUAGAUCUAAUGCCGAGGACUUUUUCAAAGACCUCAACUCACCCUGUCCUCAGGAAGCAGUCAUGCAGGAGCCAGAUACGCCAUUCCUCCGUGGUGGGCCUGGACUGUAUAAGGUAGUGAAGACGGGCCCAUCAGGGCACAACGUCCGAAGCUGCCCCAACCUUAGAGGUAUCCCCAUUGGAAUGUUAGUUCUGGGAAACAGAGUCAAGGCAGUGGGCGAGGUGACUAACUCAGAAGGGACGUGGGUGCGGAUGGACAAGAACAGCACGGUAGAGUUCUGUGAGAACGACGAAGGGGAGGCCUGGUCUUUGGCCAGAGACAGAGGCGGGAACCAGUAUCUCCGUCACGAAGAUGAGCAAGCUCUUGUUGAGCAGAAUGGCCAGACUCCUCCACCAAGCCCCUUCUCCCUGCAGACUUUCCACAGAGGAACGGGAUGCAGCAAUGAGCAAGGAUUCGAUUAUGGACUUGGAAACAACAAAGGUGACCAACUGAGCGCCCUAUUGAAUUCCAUUCAGUCACGGCCUAGUCUCCCAGCUCCUUCCAUCUUUGAUCAAGCUGCAAAUCCUCCCUCUUCCCUAAUCCACAGCCCAUUUGUGUUUGGACAGUCCCUUCCCUUCCAGCAACCUCAGCCACAGCUUCAGAAAACGCCACCCCGCAGCCUUGCUUGUCGUGAACGUGUUGACCAAAGUAGUGAUGCAGCCACUCCUGCCUCCGCUCUCUCAUCUCUCUCAUGCAAGCUCAAGGGUGACAGGGUGAAUUUUACUGCAGCUGCUAGAUCAAUUUCUCUGGCAGGGAAGUCGGACGUUGCCUUAAAAUACCGAUGGGAAAGCAGGCCCCCUAAAUCUGAUGGGCGUUGGAGCCACACUGUGGCAGACCAGAAGAAGCCUAGGAACACAGAAAGCAUGUCUGCUAGUGAAUCUCUGAUGCUGAAAUCAGAUACUGCCAAGCUGAGGUCCGAUUCCCACAGCAGGUCAUUGUCUCCAAAUCACAACACUCUUCAGACCUUAAGAUCUGAGGGGAGGACGGUGCCUUCCCUUCGGGCAGAAUCCCCGGGCCCAGGAACUCGGGCCUCCUCUCCAAAGACACUGUCAUCGGGAAAGUCCUGCACAUCUGGUGCUGGUUCUCGGCGGUCAUCAUCUCCUCAUGAGAAGCCUCUUUCCCAGAAACCCUCCACUCCAUUGAAGACAAAGCUGGAUCCUCCUCGGGAGCGGUCUAAAUCAGAUUCUUACACACUGGACCCAGAUACUCUUCGCAAAAAGAAGGUGCCUCUAACUGAACCAAUAAGGGGAAGAUCCACUUCACCUAAACCCAAAAUUCCACCCAAAGAUGGAAAACCUGUGACUGAAACAGAAAGUAGAGCCCCUUCUCCUCACGUUGUACAAGAAAACCUUCACAGUGAAGUUGUGGAAGUCUGCACGUCCAGUACUUUGAAGACAAGCAGCGUUACCAAUAACACGUGCGAGGAUAGCUCCGAAUGUAGGAGCCUGGAUGAGGGCCUGAGCAAAGUUCACUUCAGCAUAGGGAAGGCUCCCCUGAGGGAUGAGCAGGACACGAGGGCUUCCCCCAAGGUGGGCCGGAAGUGUGCUGCCAGGCACGCCAGGCCCAAAAAGGAGAGGUCGGUCUGCCUGUUCAAGGGUGAGGGGGCCCGGUCGGUGGAGCCUGCCAAGCCAGCCAUGUCUCCUUCCGUCGCUGAAUGUGCCCGGACCGUCUUUGCAUCUUUCCUGUGGCAUGAGGGCAUCGUCCACGACGCAAUGGCCUGCUCCUCAUUUCUGAAGUUCAACCCUGAGCUUUCUAAAGAGCAUGCGCCGAUCCGAAGCAAUCUAGGCCAGGCGCCUGCUGAGGAAAAAGAGACCAAGCUGAAGAACCGUCACUCCCUGGAAAUAUCCUCUGCACUAAACAUGUUCAACAUAGCUCCUCACGGGCCCGACAUAUCCAAAAUGGGCAGCAUCAACAAGAACAAGGUCUUAUCGAUGCUGAAGGAGCCACCUCUUCACGAGCGCUGCGAGGACGGGAAACCCGAAGUGGCCCCUUUUGAUGGCUCCAGCCACCACCAUGCGCUGAAGGCCAAGUCACCUCUGCCGUUAACACUGCAGCACCUGGUGGCCUUCUGGGAAGACAUUUCUCUGGCGACCAUCAAGGCAGCCUCCCAGAACAUGAUCUUCCCCAGCCCUGGCUCCUGUGCCGUGCUGAAGAAGAAGGAGAGCGAGAAAGAGAGCAAGAAGUCCAAAAAGGAGAAGAAGAAGAAGGAGAAGGCCGAGGCCAGGCCUAGGGGAAACCUCUUCGGGGAAAUGGCUCAGCUCGCAGGGGAGCGUCCGGAGAAGGAUACCAUUUGUGAAUUGUGCGGGGAGUCCCACCCGUAUCCAGUGACCUACCACAUGAGGCAAGCCCAUCCAGGUUGCGGCCGCUACGCAGACGGACAGGGCUACAACAGCAUUGGGCACUUUUGCGGAGGAUGGGCCGGGAACUGUGGGGACGGUGGCAUCGGAGGAAGCACAUGGUAUCUUGUCUGCGACCGCUGCAGGGAAAAGUAUCUCCGGGAAAAGCAGGCAGCAGCGAGAGAAAAGGUCAAGCAGUCAAGGAGGAAGCCAACGCAGGUGAAGACCCCCCGUGCCUUGCCCACUAUGGAGGCUCACCAAGUGAUCAAAGGGAAUGCCCUGUUCUUGCUGGCCUUGAGCAGUGCUGCUGAGCCCUCUCUCUUGUGCUACCACCCAUCCAAGCCGUUCCAGUCCCAGCUUCCCAGUGUUAAGGAAGGCAUUUCUGAGGAUUUUCCCGUUAAAAUGCCUUGCCUCUAUCUUCAGACCUUAGCGAGGCAUCAUCAUGAAAACUUUGUUGGCUAUCAAGAUGACAACCUCUUUCAAGAUGAGAUGAGGUAUUUGCGUUCAACUUCAGUGCCUGCACCUUAUAUAUCUGUUACUCCUGAUGCCAGUCCUAAUGUGUUUGAGGAGCCAGAAAGUAACAUGAAAUCCAUGCCGCCAAGUUUAGAGACCAGCCCCAUUACAGAUACAGAUCUUGCAAAACGUACUGUUUUUCAAAGAUCCUAUUCAGUCGUUGCCUCGGAAUAUGACAAACCGCAUUCCAUUCUGCCUGCCCGGGUCAAGGCCAUCCCCAGAAGGAGAGUUAACAGUGGAGAUGCAGAAGUGGGGUCCUCUCUUCUGAGACAUCCAUCUCCUGAACUCUCUCGGUUAAUCUCCGCCCACAGCUCUCUUUCCAGAGGAGAGAGAAACUUCCAGUGGCCUGUUCUGGCAUUUGUAAUUCAACAUCAUGACUUGGAGGGACUUGAAAUAGCCAUGAAACAAGCUUUAAGAAAAUCUGCUUGCCGGGUGUUUGCUAUGGAGGCUUUUAACUGGCUUCUCUGUAACGUCAUACAAACCACAUCUCUUCAUGAUAUUCUUUGGCAUUUUGUGGCUUCUCUUACUCCAGCCCCAGUGGAGGCUGAGGAAGAAGAGGAUGAGGAAAACAAGGCCAACAAAGAAAAUAUUGAGCAAGAAAAGGACACCAGGGUCUGCGAGCACCCAUUGUCAGAUAUUGUGAUUGCUGGAGAAGCAGCGCAUCCCCUGCCUCACACUUUCCAUCGUCUGCUGCAGACCAUCUCUGACCUGAUGAUGUUGCUACCCAGUGGGAGUUCUUUGCAGCAGAUGGCUCUGAGAUGCUGGAGCCUCAAAUUCAAGCAAUCUGAUCAUCAGUUUCUGCACCAGAGCAACGUCUUUCACCACAUCAACAACAUUCUUUCCAAAUCCGAUGAUGGAGACAGUGAGGAGAGCUUUAGUAUUAGCAUCCAGUCUGGCUUUGAAGCUUUGAAUCAGGAAUCGUGUAUAGUAAUCUGCCUGAAGGACUUAACUAACAUCGUUGAUAUAAAAACUUCAAGCCGACCAGCAAUGAUUGGUAGUUUGACAGAUGGGUCAACGGAAACCUUUUGGGAAUCAGGCGAUGAAGACAAAAAUAAAACCAAAAACAUUACAAUUAAUUGUAUGAAAGGAAUUAAUGCUCGUUACGUGUCUGUUCAUGUUGACAAUUCUCGAGACCUUGGGAACAAAGUGACUUCAAUGACUUUUUUGACCGGAAAAGCAGUAGAAGAUCUUUGCAGAAUAAAACAGGUUGACUUGGAUUCAAGACAUAUUGGCUGGGUAACCAGUGAACUUCCUGGUGGAGACAAUCACAUCCUCAAAAUUGAGCUAAAGGGGCCGGAAAAUACUCUCCGAGUUCGGCAGGUGAAAGUGCUCGGUUGGAAAGAUGGUGAAAGCAUCAAAAUAGCCGGCCAGAUCUCAGCAAGUGUUGCUCAGCAAAGGAGCUGUGAAGCCGAGACGUUGCGAGUUUUCAGGCUCAUUACGUCGCAGGUCUUCGGCAAACUCAUAUCUGGAGAUGCUGAGCCGACACCAGAACAGGAAGAAAAGGCUUUGCUUUCCUCACCUGAAGGAGAAGAAAAAGUACACAAUGCAACCUCAGAUGCAGACCUGAAAGAACACAUGGUUGGAAUCAUAUUUAGCAGGAGUAAACUCACAAAUUUGCAAAAGCAGGUCUGUGCUCAUAUUGUGCAAGCCAUCCGGAUGGAGGCCACGCGUGUCCGAGAAGAAUGGGAGCACGCCAUUUCUAGCAAAGAGAACGCCAACUCCCAGCCCAGCGACGAGGACGCCACCUCUGAUGCCUACUGCUUUGAGCUGCUCUCCAUGGUGCUGGCACUCAGCGGCUCCAAUGUGGGGCGCCAGUACUUGGCUCAGCAGCUGACCUUGCUGCAGGACCUCUUCUCCCUGCUGCACACGGCUUCUCCCAGAGUACAGAGGCAGGUCACCUCCUUGCUGAGACGGGUCCUGCCAGAAGUCACCCCCAGCCGCUUGGCCAGCGUCAUAGGGGUCAAAGCCCUGCCCCCAGCAGACAUCAGCGACAUCAUCCAUUCCACGGAGAAGGGAGACUGGAACAAGCUAGGCAUCUUGGACAUGUUUCUGGGCUGUAUUGCCAAAGCCCUCACCGUUCAACUCAAGGCCAAAGGCACCACCAUAACUGGCACGGCUGGCACGGCAGCUGGGAAAGGCGUUACCACCGUUACUCUGCCAAUGAUUUUCAAUUCCAGUUACCUUAGACGAGGUGAAAGCCAUUGGUGGAUGAAGGGCUCAACCCCAACCCAGAUCUCAGAAAUCAUUAUUAAGCUCAUAAAAGACAUGGCAGCUGGUCACUUGUCUGAAGCUUGGUCCCGUGUGACGAAAAAUGCCAUUGCUGAAACAAUCAUUGCUUUGACCAAAAUGGAAGAAGAAUUCAGAUCCCCCGUGCGCUGCAUCGCAACAACUCGUUUGUGGCUGGCUCUGGCCUCCCUGUGCGUCCUUGAUCAGGAUCACGUUGACCGACUCUCUUCUGGAAGAUGGAUGGGAAAAGACGGACAGCAAAAACAGAUGCCGAUGUGUGAUAACCACGAUGAUGGGGAAACUGCAGCCAUUAUCUUGUGCAAUGUGUGCGGGAAUCUCUGCACGGACUGUGAUCGAUUCCUUCAUCUUCAUCGACGAACAAAGUCACACCAGCGACAGGUGUUCAAAGAGGAAGAAGAAGCCAUCAAAGUAGAUCUUCAUGAAGGCUGUGGUAGAACUAAGCUCUUCUGGCUGAUGGCACUGGCUGAUUCUAAAACCAUGAAGGCCAUGGUGGAAUUCAGAGAACAUACAGGCAAGCCCACCACAAGCAGCUGUGAAGUAUGUCGUUUCUGUGGCUGCCGGAAUGGAACAGAAUUAUCGGCCGUCGGCAGCGUCUGUUCGGAUGCUGAUUGCCAGGAAUAUGCUAAGCUCGCAUGCAGCAAAACCCAUCCUUGUGGCCACCCUUGUGGCGGAGUCAGGAACGAGGAGCUGUGCUUGCCCUGCCUGCAUGGCUGUGACAAGAGCACCACCACCACCUUGAAGCAAGAUGCCGAUGACAUGUGCAUGAUAUGCUUCACAGAGGCCCUGUCAGCAGCACCCGCUAUUCAGCUGGAUUGUAGCCACAUAUUCCAUUUGCAAUGCUGUUGCCGGGUUCUAGAAAACAGGUGGCUGGGCCCCCGCAUUACUUUUGGAUUCAUGUCCUGCCCCAUUUGCAAGAACAAAAUAAACCAUGCGGUAUUAAAGGAAUUGCUUGAUCCAAUCAAGGAACUGUAUGAGGAUGUCAAGAGAAAGGCCCUAAUGCGGCUGGAGUAUGAAGGGCUGCACAAGAGUGAAGCCAUCACAACACCCGGGGCUCGGUUUUAUAAUGACCCUGCUGGCUUUGCCAUGAACAGAUACGCGUAUUACGUUUGCUACAAAUGCAGGAAGGCUUACUUUGGUGGAGAAGCCCGUUGUGAUGCUGAAGCUGGACAGGGAGACGACUACGAUCCCCGGGAGCUCAUCUGUGGCGCCUGCUCAGAUGUGUCGAGAGCUCAGAUGUGUCCCAAACACGGUACAGAUUUUCUAGAAUACAAAUGCCGCUACUGCUGUUCGGUGGCAGUUUUUUUUUGCUUCGGGACCACCCAUUUUUGCAACGCUUGUCACGAUGACUUCCAGAGAAUGACAAGCAUUCCGAAAGAGGAACUUCCACACUGUCCUGCAGGUCCGAAGGGCAAGCAGCUGGAAGGCACCGAGUGUCCCCUCCACGUCGCCCACCCGCCCACCGGCGAAGAGUUCGCGCUCGGCUGCGGCGUCUGCAGGAACGCGCACACCUUCUAGGCCGACCGGCCCGACCCGACGAAGGCCGCGCUCGGAAGGACCGCUUCGCCCCUCCGGAGAGGCCCGCGCGCGGGGGAGCGAGAGGCGGCCGGCUUCUCGGACGAAUCCGGCCUCAGGCCUGUCAGGCGCCCGCACGCUCGCUCACGGACUUCCUUGCACGCCGGACAGCCCCCCGCCCCGGGCAGGGCAGGGCCGAGGCGAGCCCGCUGACUCGGAGGGCGGAGGCCAGAGGGGGCGGGCCGGGAGGGCCGCGGGGCGACCCGGCGCGUUGUACAUAUGCGGUGUCCGCGUUGUCCUGCCCGAGCCCGGGGUGGAAACGGCCGCUUCCUUCGGGCGACGCUUCGGCCUGAAGUACGAUUCCGAG